AUGAAAGCUUUCGGCGCCAACGCUGAUAUUUACGCUAGACUCAACGGCGAUUUGGCCAACGACAUUGAGUACAUCUGGGAUGGCCCUCGUCCUUUGUGGCCAUUUGAAACCCUGGAAGACGUCAUUUUCGAUCCUGCACUUUCUUGGUUGGGGAGUUCAUCUACCGGUGAAUCCGCAAAGGACGCCUUUCGAGCUUGUAUAUGCUAUCUCUCUUUGGACGCAGAACAUAGUCGAACUAUUGAAGCAUACGGAAGUUUCCUUGAAGAUCUUGGAAAGAGUAUGCUCGAUGUCGCAGUCAACGUCUCCUUCCGCAAGAGGGCUCGAGCUACCUCUAGGAACUCAACCCCCGCAAAGCCUUCAAUAGGCAACACGAUGACAGAGGAUGGAGACUAUGUAGACAGCGAAAGCGAAGAUGAGUUUGAUCGUAAGUGGCACAGGCUCGACUCGUUCUUGUGA